UCACGUGGUAGGCGGCGGCGUGCACCGUCGGGGGCUGGGUGGCCUCGCGCCACUAUGGGCUCCUCGGCGUCGUCUCUCGUGGAGGAGGAGGCGGCGGCAGCGGUGGUGGCGGACUCGGGGAUCGCGGACCCAGGCGGCGGUCGCGCCAGCGGCGAGAGGAGUCGUGGCAGCGAGGCGGAGACGCAGCAGCAGCAGCAGCCGCAGCAGCCGCAGCCGCAGCAUCACCGCGUGCUCGGCGACUCCGCCUUCUUCGUGUCGUCCACGGGCACCGUGCGGCGCAAGCGGCGGGCGGCGAGGCCUCGUCAGGCGAGGGCGGAUGACGAAGACAUGGGCAGCAGCGGCCAGUGGUCAUGCAAACGCUGCACUCUGCUCAACCCAGAGGGGCUCAGCCGCUGCUCCAUUUGCGAGAGCCCUCGCAUGGAGUGCAAUCUAGAGAACAUUCUGAGGCUGAGCAAUGGGCUUUCUGUGAACAGUGGGUCCUUGGUCGCAGUCGAAAAAACUUUGAAUUGUCAAGCGUGUGGUGGCCAGCAGAAUGCGCAUACGGUAACGCAUUGUCAAGCCUGCCAGAAUUCACGGACGCUUUUCUCUACAGCCAGUGAGUUGGCACAAGUAGCUAGGACAUCGGAAAAAGAAGCCCAACCUCCCGAACAAAAGACAGACGUGUCAAGGGACACUGCCGAUGGUAUCUGUGGAAUGCAGACUGAUACACUGCCUGAAAAUAAUAACACGGUUCUACCGAGUUUGGGAACCGGUCUUCCUUCAGUCGCCAGUGAGAUUCCUAAAACAACGUGGGUCUGCAGGUGUUGCACUCUAGAGAACAAUAUAGCGGAUAAAGCGUGUAAUGCCUGUGGUGCCCCUGAAAAAGUAUCUCUACCAAUAAUCAGUCCCACUGUAUCUGAAAUCAAUGUCGCAGUUCCCAAUGUCAUAAACCCACAUUCUAGACAAGGUGCAGGGCAUAGAUUAGUACAAAACACCGAUGUUGAAGUGAGUGACCAAGGUGAUGAGCCAGAGGCCUUAGACCGGAUGAUGGAAUUUAGCAGUGCACAGUCUCCCAGCUCUCUUAAUUUUCCCAAGAUGCGCAAAGAGAUGCGUCCACACAACGCCCACCAUCGCCCAUCUCAUGCAGCACUGAGGAGCUGCAUCAAUAGCAAUGUAAAGUGUAAGCCUGACGAGUUGGCGGCAUUUUUCACCUCCAUAUCGCCGAGCAAUUUCGGUCAGUUAAAAUGCGUGAACUGCAGGACAGGAAUUCCCGAGGCGUCGACGCAAAAUGGAGACUGCAGCAACUGCUCGGCAUAUGCUCACCCGUAUCCAGAGAGCGUCCCGAUUGCGGGCAACGUUGGAGAAGCCGAGAGAGAAUCUCCGACGCCUGCUCUCACCGCAGAAGGAGGAGAAGUUGUGUCGACGAGCAGGAGUUUCGAUUCUGAAAGUCCGGUGGAGCGUCCUGCACUUGUCAGGAGGUUUGAUGUCCUUCCCGAGCCGCAGCCAAAAGGAGUUCGAAGGGAAGAACCGGCCAAGCAGUGCACACCCGAGGGUUCAAAGCCCCCAAAAUUGUUUGUGUCCGCAUCCAAUUCCAGCGGUGGAAAAGUCUCUGGAAACAGGAAUCGCCCAAAUUCUGUAGCAGCCAAUGACGUGCCAAGGAGUAGCGAAGCCAUUGGUUCGACUGCCAAUUUAAUUAAGCAUAAGCACACCUCUUCCCCAAGCCCACAUUUUCUCGUGUGGACCUGUUCACAGUGCACAUUGGUGAAUUCAUUGAAGAAUCUUGAGUGUGCCGCAUGUAAAGCAUCCAAAUUGCAAGGGUUGCAGCAACCUCCAUCUGUUGGAAAAACUGGCUGGAUUUGCAAGCAGUGCACCUAUCAUAACAAGGCCAUUGAUACUGUCUGUGCAAUCUGUCAGUCAGAUCGGAGCAACCCUGGUGCUUGGGUUUGCAGUGUUUGUACACUGCAUAACGAUGUCAAGGAUAAGGUUUGUGAAGCAUGCAGCAACCCUAAGCUUAAACCACAGAUGAAGAGUAUGCACAAAUUACAGAGAAGAGAAAGUAUUAACAUAAAUGCUCAGAGGAACAGCGAUGAGAAGACAGCAGAAGAGCUUCGUGAAAACAUCGUUCAAGCAUCCAAAGAGACCGGAGUGAACUUUGUGGAUGACAGCUUCGUGCCUGGCAAGAAGUCCCUGGGCUCGAACUUGGAGAGCUCCAUCGUGCAGCGUGUGGCACACUGGCUGCGGCCUACGCAGAUCACGUGCGCGCCCCACGAGACGACCAUCCCCUGGGUCGUGUUCCGCACUCCGCGCCCCAGUGACAUAUUGCAGGGCCUGCUGGGAAACUGUUGGUUUCUGAGUGCCUUGGCUGUGUUGGCUGAACGACCACAACUUGUGGAAAGGGUUAUGGUGACCAGGCAGAUUUGCCCAGAGGGAGCCUAUCAGGUGCGUCUGUGUAAGGACGGUGUGUGGCAGACGGUGUUGGUGGAUGACAUGCUGCCGUGUGACGACAACCGCUGCCUCCUGUUUUCCCAGGCCCAGCGGAAGCAGCUGUGGGUGCCUCUCAUCGAGAAGGCGCUGGCAAAGUUGCACGGCUCCUACAAUGCCCUGCAGGCUGGCCGCACCAUCGAGGGGCUGGCCACGCUGACGGGCGCGCCCUGCGAGAGCGUGCAGCUGCAGCCCAGCCCCAUCUGCCCCAGUGAGCCAAUUGACACCGACCUCAUCUGGGCCAAACUUCUCAGCAGCAAGGAGGCAGGCUUCUUGAUGGGGGCGUCAUGUGGCGGAGGGAACAUGAAGGCGGACGAGACUGAGUAUGACCGCGUGGGGCUGCGACCAAGGCACGCUUACUCCAUCCUAGAUGUGCGAGACAUCGAGGGCCACAGACUGAUGAGGCUGCGCAAUCCCUGGGGCCGCUUCUCCUGGAAUGGGCCGUGGUCCGACAACUCCCCCGAGUGGACCCCUCAACUGCGUACGGAACUCAUGGCGCACGGCAACAGCGAGGGCGUCUUCUGGAUGAACUAUGAUGACUUUAAACGGUAUUACGAAAGCGUGGACAUCUGCAAGACGCACCCGGACUGGAAUGAGGUGCGGCUGCCAGGCACCUUUCCCGUGUCCCACGGCAGGCCCAUCUCUGCCACGCUCGUCAGCGUGUUUUACCACACGGAGGUAGAUUUGACCCUGUUUCAAGAAGGUGCCAGGAGGGGAGACGACGUGGAGGGAAACAUUCUGGAUCUGUGCAUUGUCAUCUACCAAGUCACCACAGACAAAAAAGAGAAGAUGUGUUUGGAGAAGGUCAUUGUGCACAGCCAGAGGGCUGUGAAGAAGUUUGUGGGCUGCAGCAGCAUGCUGGCUCCUGGCCAGUACGCCAUCAUUUGUCUGGCCUUCAACCACUGGCAAACCGCUGGUCCCACCUCACCCAAUUCCCCGACAGGCAAGCUGCUGAGUCCCUGCAGCUACAUCCUGGCCGUGCACAGCUCCAAGCCCGUGUUUGUGGAGCAGCUGGUGCUGCCCCCCAGUGUGCUGGCCAGCGCCGUUAUUAAUUUAGCCGUCAGCAAGGGGCAAUGCCAUGAGGCGCGGGAGGGCAUGUCGUGCUACUAUCUGACGCAAGGCUGGGCGGGUCUCAUCGUGGUGGUGGAAAAUCGACACCCUGACCGCUACCUGCAGGUCGUGUGCGACUGCUCCGACAGCUUCAACGUUGUGUCCACCCGCGGGGGGCUCAAGACGGCCGACAGCGUGCCUCCGCUCAACCGGCAGGUGCUGCUGAUCCUGUCUCAGCUGGAGGCGAACAGCGGCUUCUCGGUCACGCACCGACUACAACAUCGUAAAGCCGGAUCGCCGGGUCUCGGGGAUUGGGGUCCCCGGGGCCACAACCACGAACCUCAGUUGGGACCCGGUCUGGGGUUACACUCCCCCCGGCCUCUGUAGCGCCACGCUGGGCGACACCGCAGACUGGUUGUCCCUCGCAAAAGGGGCUACAUCCGCUGCAGAUUGUCGCGUGAUUUAUUGCUGCUCUCCUUCGUAUCCUCAUGGGAAUGACUUGAUAAAUAUCUGACUCCCCCUCCUACGUGUGUGUUCCUGCUAAACGUCGGCAGAAUGGCAAUCCUCAGUAGUCGUAACACCAAAUACCACUUUACAGGCAACCCCCACUAACUUGUGUGUGUCCAAGAGGCAUUACAAGUGUUAUGGUAUUUAUUGGUGCUGCUGUCUCGAAGAGACGGCGUGUUCGUAUUUGAAAAAGGCAGUCACUGGAAAGUAAUUCUAAUUACAUUACCUGAAUAUUGCAGUGAAAUGCAUCUCAGCGUUUUGUGUGUAUAUAUAAUGUAAUUACAUUUUUGAGAGAUUCUAUUUAACUUUGAAUGAUGUGCAUCCAUUUACUGUAUUUGAAAAUGCUUUUUUAAAAACAGCAUUUUCAUCUAUUCCAACUACCUAUCACGAUAUGUCCUUUUUUGUGGGGGGGGGGGGGGGAUGGGGUUUCUGAGCUUGAAACAUUUUAGCUUGGCUUCGAAUCAAUAGGGAAUCCACGUGUCCAUUGUAUUACCAUGUUUUUUUGUCAUGUGUAGGUACAAUAGACUUGAUUCUCAAUGUAGCAUUUUCGUUGUAAUGGGAGUGCUGUCGGUGAUUACACGUUUCCAUGUCCCCACAGGUUCUGAAACGGCUGUAUUUACCCGAGUAACAACUGGGCUUUAAUAUUUGCGAGACGGCACAAGGCGUAAUUCGACGCGCAGUUGGCUGAAAAAUUCAAAAAAAUCACGAGGACGGCCUUGUGUUGCUGUGCUGAAUUUAUAUUCUUGGCAGAAGCUGUCGGAAUAGACUCAAUAUUAACGGAUGAAAAUUAUACAUACUAAUUUUAAACGUUUAGGAAAGUAAUGAGCACCUCCUUUAUCCAGGAAGCAAAUAGUCCAACACAUUUGUCAAUAACACUUGACGUAAAAGGCGAGCAUUAUGUGAUGGAUGACGUUUUGUGGUCAAUGGCCCACCUUGAUAGCAGACACACUGCAGAGUAAAAAAACAUGUCUUCGUUAUAGUUGACACAGGGAAGGCUGCAUUUUGAGCCUAGAUUUUCAUGAUGAGCCCGUAUUGAAAUGUUGGGCCACUUUGAGAGUAUUUUGAAAGUGGCCGAACUCAAAACAUCCAUUGAAAAUUUACACAUGCAAGGGGAUUAAUGCUUAAAUAGUCGUACAAAUGUGUCAGGCAACCACCUUGAUUUUACUGUCAUAUACCAGUCAUCUCACAGCCCUGCAGCCUGGGAGUCUCUGUGCACAUGAGCAUUUCUGUGUGACUCAUCAACCCCGCCCUACAGCUUCUGCAUUUCAAAACGUUUACGCACACACGCGCAAAACACUGGGACAUUCGCAUGUUUAUUUAUUAUGUUUUACUUUGAACAAAUCGCCCGAAAUGUGCCCGUUCUCGUCAGAUGUAAGCGAAGCAGGGUUGAGCCUGGAUAGUGCCUUGUAUUGGUGAGCGCAUCACUCACAGCAUGUCGUAACCAAUGUGCCCACAUCUAUACUUCAACCCGCUUUGGUCCGCACGAUGAAGUGUGGUCGAACAAACCCCCACAACCCACAGAAUGGGGAGGCCCUCAUCCAGCAGUGGAUUAAACGAAUGGGUUCAUGUAGAUAUUUUGGAGUUCUGGAAUCAAAUGAAAUGCGAUAAUGCAACUUCAAUAGCGAUGUUACAAAGAGGAAAUUAUGCAAAAGGCUCCCAAAUUAUCCCAUAAAUAUACUUUUGCUCUGAGACGUUGGUUCACCCCUUGUAAACGUGUGUUUUGAAGUUGAUCGUAUUUGCUUCUCAGUUUUUGGAGUCUAUGUAAUGUUGUAAAUCUCACAAUGAUAUUUUAUCUUAGAUUUCACCACUCUGUCCCAUUGUCAACCACAUUCCCUCUCACUUUGCAGAUAAUAUCCGACUGGGAGCCUCGUGUAAUUGGCAACCAAUUUCCCCUCAUGUGCUUCACUUUUCAACGCUCGGUUGUGUAUAGAUGUGAGGCUGGGCUUACACUGUACAAGUGGUGAAUCAGUAAUUUGGUUCUGUGUUGCAUCUCGUCCAUGGACACUUGAUCUCGGUGUAGCUGUGUAUCCAUUCGUAUUGUUGUCAAUGUACACAGGGGUAUGCUCUGCGUGGUGUGUACAGUUAUUGUGUUACAAAGGAUAAUCAAGGGGUGGUUAUCACACAACUAGCUGUCCAUUUGAAAAUGUGCUACAUUGAGAAUCAAGCACAGUGGCUGGUGGGAUAAGUGAUAUUUUAGUUUUGAUACGGUGUUGCUAAUUAUUUUGGUAAUUGUACCUUGUUUUUGCUCUUGUCGUUUUGGUGAGCCAGAAAGAUGACGGCUUGCGAAGGAGAAACUGUGUCCUGGUAUCUUGAGUUCUUAUCCGGUGAAGCAACGUAAACUUGAAUAAUGUAACAUCUCAAAUCAUUGCUCGCUCGUGCAGUGUCCCUGUAGAGCGGUGGUUCUUAACCUGGGAGGGUGUGCGAGACAUGGCCAGAUGGUUUUUAGAAGGUAUGUACUGCUUUGUUUCAUCAACCCCAAUGUGUUUAUUAACGUACAUUUUAUUUAGCGCUUGGGAAACCAACGGGGUACAAGGCUCCAGUAGAGGCGAAGAACCACCGGCGUUAUAGUUUGGGGGUGGCUGCCAACGAGAGAGCCUGCCGCAUAAGCGGUUGCAAAGCGGUGGCAAGACGGCCGUUGUUUUCAUUCGUAUUCAAUGUGAAGGUAAAAGGGAAAAAGAGAGGAGUGAAAUCAGGUGCUCUGGACACUUUGGAAUAUAUUUACGGGUGAGGUCAAGUUUGCGAGGUAAUAAAUCGGCAUUUCCCAGCCUGUCGGUACAGCAAUAGUGCUAAGUUGUAAGUUCGAAAAUUAUCCUGUUUGCUGGGGAUUUUCCCCUCUUUGGCGUUGGAAGACUUAAAACGUUAUGCUUUCAUGUGAAACAGAUUAAUCUCAUCGGCGAUGAUGAUAUAACUACCAGCCUCUUCAGACUUUUUUUCUUUAAGGCGUGCGGUUUUUGUUUAAAUCUCUCGAACGCAUUCAGCGUGUACAUUCCUACGUUUGCGAUUCGUUCGUGUUUCCCGAAUCUGUCGGCUUCGUCUCUGUGACGUCAGCGGGUGUCGAAGAGCGUGGGGCUCACGGACGAUCGUUGGGGGAGCCCCCGUGUCCGUUAAAUGUCACGGCAUCUGAAUUCCCGUGCGUCGUGCGGCGUCCACGCGCGUUGUUGCAGGAGCGCCAAGUGACGUGACGAAAAUCCGCCUCCCAUGAGCAGUCCGGCAGCGUGUUAGUUGGCCUCAAUAGGAACGGGAAGAUUUUUUUAACUGCACCUCGGCAUGUGUUGCAAGGUCUUGCUCUCUCAAUGUUUUGAUCCCAUCAUGCUGUAGCUCUUCACGCCAGUCACUUAAGCGACUUGAUGAGAAGCGGGCCUUCGACGUGGAGCCUGAAACUGUGUUGAGCUGAAUUUCGGAGUUUCUCCCAUCAUCCGCGAAGCUGGGGGGAAAGUACCCGAAUAAAUGUUACUGGUAAGCCACUUUCAUCAGAAUUGAUUUGUUGAAUGGGUAAUUUUGUUCGCUGUUGAUACAAGUUUGGAGCAGCAGUGCUUGUGAGGGUGGUUCAAGGUUAACCUGCACUUUUGUAUAAAACGUGAAGCGAAUGAAACUCUUGUCCGCGACGUUCCCCUGUUACACGUACACGUUGUACCUUCAGUGGUGUAAUGCCUCGAUGCCAAAAUAGCAUAAGUCUCUCGGAUAUAUGUGUACGCAUCGUUUAGAGCAUCGUACGUGCCUCCCAUCGCUUUUAACGACCCAUAAUGUAAAACAGGGUUUCAGUACUCGCGUUCAAGCUGGUGUUCAUCGUUGGCUCCGAAUCAACACAAUUGAACAGCCAACCGUAUCGAUUCGGAGCGUGUCGGGGACCAGCGUAUGAUUUGAGUUGUACACACAUUCUUAUUCUUUGGGUCUUUCGGUAAAAUCACGUAGAUGGGUUCAAAGAAAAUAAAAAGCUACGACGUUUCGAUCAAGCGUUCGUCAUGCUGAUGUCGGGAUCGAAAUGUCGAAGUUUUUUGUUAUGUUCUUUGAACCUAUCUACGUGUCUUUACCGAAAGACCCAAAGAAUAUUAAUUCCAGCAGUCGUGAAAGCUUUAAGUUAAGAGUUGUACAUGCACGUUUUGCGCGAGUUGCCUAUCGCCAAACUACAAACUUAAUUUGGUUUUGACAUUUAUCUUCGCCAGAAACUCGAUUGCCACGAUGCUUAUCACGCAGCAGCACAUCGCGUCGCAUUCCUGUGUUGUAAAUACCCAGACUGCUUUGCGCAAUUGACACAAAACAUGUUUCCCAGCUGUUGCACACCACUGCUCACGUGACAUUUCUGCUGCGACGUUACUCGGCGACGUCAUCCACGGCAGGAGUGGGGGUUGUGCAGAUUGAGCUUUUGAACUGGAUUUGGAGGUGGCUUUUGCACGAACGUGGUUACUGCUUGUGAGAGCUUAGACAAUGCAUUGUCUGCUUAUGAUGCACAUAGGGAAAUGCUUCGCGGGAGGGGUGCGGUUUUUUUUAUUGUGGCUGUUGGGUUCAUCUGUCCAAAAUAAUUGUUGCACCAGCUUUUAACAACCCAACGUAGUGCCACUUAAUUUAAUGUGUGUUGCACAUUGUUUAUUGUGUCCAAGGGUAUUUUGAUAAUUAACAUUUAUACGAUGCUAUAUGUAAUAAGAGGGCUCCAGAUUAAAAUGUUCUAAGGAGCUGGACUAAAUUUCGCGAAACUAUUACCGUAAUCAAACAAUUACCUUCUGUUAACUGACAAUCGGAUAAUAUCUGAAGCUGUGACAGACUUUUGUUAUCUUUUUUCAUCCAUUACAAUGGCUCAUGGUUCAGUGACCAUCAGUUGUGACGAACCUCUGGUUGCUUAGGUUCGAUUCCCAACCACGGGAGA